AUGUCCUCCAGAGAGACUGAGCUUCACGCUUCCCCCAAUGGCGCCGUCAAGAUCCGCUCUGUCGUCUCCAAGCUGGACGAUGACACGCUACUGCAGCGCCUGGGCAAGCGGCCUCUUCUGAAGCGCAGCUUCAACUUCAUGUCUAUGCUAGGCUUCUCCUGCUCGGCGCUGCUGUCUUGGGAGGGCGUCCUGGUGACCUCGGUGUCUGGGCUGCUCAACGGCGGUCCUGCCGGCGUGAUCUGGGGUUUCCUGAUCAACUGGGUCGGCAUGAUGUCCGUGUACGCGACCAUGGCCGAGCUCGCGUCCAUCGCGCCGACGGCCGGCGGGCAAUACCACUGGGUGGCUAUGAUGGCUCCCAAGUCCUCUCGCAAUUUCCUGGCCUACCUGACGGCCUGGCUUACGACGCUUGCCUGGCAGGCCAUGGCAGUGUCGACGGCAUACAUCAUUGCCACCAUGCUGCAGGGCAUCAUCAUCCUAUCGCAGGGCCCAGAGCCGACGUACGUGCCCGAGAACUACCAGACAGUACUAAUACUGUGGGCCUCGGUGAUCUUCGCCGUGGUUAUGAACUCGACGACGGGGCGGGCGCUAGCCAGGUUCGAAGGGCUGGUGCUCGUGCUUCACCUGGCCGGCUUCUUCGGCGUGCUCGUGCCUAUGGUGUACUUCGUGCCGCAUGGCAUUGCCGGUAGCAAUGACGCGCGCACCGUCUUUGGAACCUUCCUCAACACCGGCGGCUGGUCCUCGCAGGGGCUCUCCUUUCUCGUUGGCUUCCCGCAGGUCGGUACCUCCCUGAUCGGCGCCGACUGCGCUGUGCAUAUGUCGGAGGAGAUCAAGUCGGCCUCCGUCGUCGUGCCGCGCGCCCUGCUGUACACUAUCUUCAUCAACGGCCUGCUGGCCUUUGGCAUGAUCGUUGGCCUGAUGUUCUCGAUCACGGACCUGGACAGCGCCCUCGAGGCUAGCAACACGAUGUUCUACCCUUUCCUGGAGAUCUUCCGGACCGCCGUCAACUCGACCGCCGGUGCCGUUGCCAUGGCCUGCGUCAUCCUCGUCUUGGCGGUGGCGAGCGCCGUCGGCGUCUACGCCUCGGCCUCACGCAUGAUGUGGUCGUUCUCGCGGGACCGGGGCCUGCCCUUCUCGAAGCUGCUAGUAAAGCUCACCAAAAACGCCCUCCCCUUCAACUGUAUCCUCGCGACCCUGACCAUCACGGUGCUCCUCUCGCUCGUGGCCCUAGGCUCCUCGGUCGCCCUCAACGCCCUGCUCUCGCUGAUCAUCGCCGCCCUGUUCUCCACCUACCUGCUCGUCACGACCCUACUGCUCUGGCGCCGCACGACGGGCGCCAUCCAGCCCUACGUCGUCGGCGCCGAGAGCCUGGACGCGGACAGUCUUGCCUGGGGACCCUGGAAGCUCCCGGAGCCGUUCGGCGUGCUAAACAACGUGUUUGCCUGCGUGUACUGCGUGUUUUUGCUCUUUUGGUCGUUAUGGCCGCAGUAUACCCCGACCACGCCGACCACGAUGAACUGGAGUGUGCUCAUCUGGGGGUUUGUGGUGCUGGCGAGCGUGACCUGGUGGGUGCUGCGGGCGAGACACUAUUUCAAGGGUCCAAUCCGGGAGGUGUGA